GAAGUCACCAUGUCCGUGUACGUGUGUCGUGCUCUUCUCCAUAAGCGUUUUCAACUUCAAGUCGUUUGGGCGGCUUGAUAUACCACAUCGAUUCUACAUGGUAGCUGACUCCACACAUCAGAACCACGUUGCGCUGGCUGGAAUACAGUGCUUUCCUAGAUCCUGGCUGUAUUCAUUUUCUCCGAAAGAUGUUACCAGCUGGACUUGGAUGGCAUGGAUACUAUCCCCUGCUAACCGUGACGCUCCUGCUACUAUUAGCCAGCGGAUGUCUGCCCAAAGAAGUGAGAGAAGGAGAUCCGGAAUGGGUGGAUCCUCUGGAGCUGUUUGAUGUGCCUGCAUCACAUAACAAAGACGAGGGGCACGCAUAUGCACAGGACACCACAGAGACACAGAGUCGGAAUGGAAAUAAUGAUGGCAGCACGGGCAGUGCUCAGAAAGAAAAGGACGUCAAUCCUCCCACCGCUCACAAAGAUUUCCAUUUCCGUCGCUUAGUUGAUCACGUCUUGACCGAGUUUGACCAGGUUGGAUUCGAAUUUGGUCAGUUUCGCCUUGAAGGAGAGAUUUCCCGCGACUCUGUGGAUGUGCUGAGAAACUAUCGCAACGGAGAAGCGAAGAAUCCUCAUGAAGUGUAUGACGCUCUUGUGGACUUCUUGGAAAUGAAGCCGCUGCGUAGUCCAGGCGAGGAUGGAUGGCAUGCAAUGGACGAGCUGCCAUUCAUUGGCAUCGCUAGACGCCCGUGGUAUCAAGACGUGCUGUUCUGUUGUUUGGGCGGCGGUGCACUCAUCUUCCUAAUGUAUACCAUCAUGCUCUUGCUGACGGCCGUCCGUGGCAACUUUUGGGGCGUGAUGACGUGGGCCGUGCUUGUCCUUUUCAUGAUCUCAGUGCCCUGGGAAUGGUACAGGCUUUACAGCGAAGCUCAGUCCAAGCAGAUGGCAGAAAUAAUGAAAGGCAUACCGGAGGCGUGUCAGCCCGACAGCGAGAUAUCGAUGUGGACCAAUGUCGGCUUGGUCAUGAAGUCGGUGUUUAUUGUCUCCGAGGAUCCUUGCCUCAAGCACCAGAAGGCUCUGCUUGUCAGUCCGCUGUCCGAAGUCACGCCGGCUCAGGCAAUUGCUGUGGCGUUCACUCGCUUGUUCACUGAUCCUCUGGUGUACGUGUUUGGAGCCCUGGGUAAAUGCACGAAAGCACUAAUGGUGGAGCUGCCGGUGGUCUCUCACGUCUUUGUGGCCAUCCUCAUUCCCAUCUUUCUUCUUUUCAUCAUCAUCCUACUGGUACUGACUGCCAUGAGGUAUAGCAUCAGAGUGCCUUUCUUGCUGUCUAUAGCACCGUCCGCUCCCACUGUACCUGCGCUCUCUGAUGCCCGGCGCGAUGAGGAUUCGCAACAGCUCCGGGCCUUGCGGCAGGAAAGCUCCGAGCUCCGUAGAAUGCUUUCUGAUCAGAUCCAGAGGCAACAGCAGGUGGAGCGCAUUGAAGCAAGAGCGCAGAGUGAUCAGCGUUCCCAUUUCAUGCAUGCUGAGCUAACUGGCAGAAGUUAUAGUGAUGGCGGAUACCUAGCUAUUGGGGACCGCAGCAGGUCCCAGGAUAUUCGCCGAGUUGAGCACCGCUCGGAGCCUGUUGAAGUACUGCGCCCCCUGCAGCAGGAGAAGAGUUUGGAUCCAUCAGAGGCAGCUCACUCUACAGCAGCAGGAGUACCUGAAGUGUCUGAUGGUGGCCAUUGCUACAGCGACAACACUCGCCUUCCAAUUCCGGAGAGUGAUGAACCGACUGCUGCUCUACCAACCAGUCCCUGUGCAUCAGACUCCACGACACGCUCAGACGUCCCUCGCAGAAGCAGCGAACCACGGCCAUUCGCUGUCGAGUCUGUCGAGUCGCUUGGCAGCGCAAUAAUGGACCACCACAGCAGCUCCCAACAGGAUACGGGGGCGAACAACAAGCCAAGUACCGACCCCGAGUGUGAAGUUCGUCAGCGCUCAGCUGCAGAUGCUGGCCAUUCCACUGAUGGUGACCCUCUGGCUGAUCAGUAGUGACCAAUAGUGGAGUUGAUUUGGAUUUGUGGCGGACGGGCAACAAUACUAGUUUCUUUUCCCCCGAACUGCCAUCCCCCCAUCAUCCGGUUGGUUUUCUUUCAUACGUAGAGUGUAGUGGUUAUGCAUGUAGGGUAGAAGAAAAACACUUGUGGAGAUGCUGUUGAUGGUCUUGUGUGACCGAGGUCGAUCGACAGGACCCAACUAGGAUUGAAUUUUAGAUAGGUCUGUUGGGUGGAAGCUGCGUUCUUGACCAGUUAUCAGUGGUCUGCCAAUGGCUCCCGGCAAACCCAUAUUGCGUUCACGUUUUCUUUCAUACAGAGGAACAAUUUCUAGACAAGCAUUAUUUACAAGAAUUUUUAUCACAUUGCAAAUCCUACAUCGAUUUUGUCUUGUCAAAGUCUUUCGAUUUUAAAAAUAGGUUUUUUUACUUUUUAGAUAUUUACCAGAUGUGAAUGAUAAACUGAUGUACUUUCUUCAACAACAUGGUGGUUGCUGG